AAAUGAAGCUGCUCCACCAGAAACACUCCUCAGCUUUUAUCUUCUGAUCGGGAGCUCAGGACAUCACAUUCUUCAGGAUUCUUCUCUCUGCUCGCUUUUCGGAGCUGUUCUGAGUCUUGGCUCCUCUUCAGGGUGACUCAGGCAGCAGACAGAGAUGUUCUCGUUAAAAGGAGACUAUCGCUCCUAUUCCCGCGACAUCAUCAUCCCACACGAGUGGAGCUCCACGGUGUGCGCUCUGAUGCUCAGUCCCGCACAGUAGCGGCUGCAGGAGGCUACCGGAGCACCGGAGACAGAGCAGGAGGAGGAGGUUACCGGAGGAAGCACCGGGAGGCGGCAGAGCUGAGCGGCUUCUUCCACCGGGUCUGGACGCACCGUUUUUCGGGGCUGCUGCGCCUCCUCUCCUCCCUCCCUCCCGAGCGAUGGCAUCCACGGAUCGAUCCACGGGAGCGCGUUGAGGCUCGGAGCGAUGCAGUCUCUGUUCGGCGGAGGCGAGCUGGGGCUGCUGGGAGGAGGCGGCGGCGACGGCGGCGGCGGCCUGAAGGAGGAUGGCUGCGGCAGCGUGGUGUGGCGGUCCUCGCCGCUGCCCCCUGACGACGUCUACUCGGCCUCCCACUUUGCCCUCAUCACCGCCUAUCAGGACAUCAAGACGAGGCUGGCCUGCCUGGAGCGCGAGAACACCAGCAUCAAGAGGAAACUCAAGAUCUAUGAGAUCAAGUUCCCGAUGAUCAGCGAGUUUGGGGAGGACACCAACUCCUACUGCUCCUUCGAGAGCAAGGAGACGGCGCUGCUGCACUCAGAAAAUGGAAAUCUGCAGCAGAGAGUCAACGUCCUGACCCACGAGCUCCAGAAGAGGAAGGAGAGAGAGGAGCAGCUGGAGGACGUGAUCCAGGCCUACGAGAAGAUCCACAUGGAGAAGAGCAACCUCCAGAGAGACCUCGACAAGAUGACCAGCCUGGUGGAGAAACACGUGGAACGUAUCCUGAACCUGGAGUCGGCUCUGAGGCAGAGAGACAGCUCCCUGCAGAAACUCAACAUGCAGCUGCACAGCAAAGACAUGCAGUAUCUGCAGCUGCACGCCGGCCCAGACACACACAUGCUGGACUGUCCGGCCCUGACCCUCCAGAGCUCCCGCAGCCUGGACGCCCUCUCCGACCUGAAGCUGCAGCGGCUGGAGGCGGAGCUUGAGGGGGCGCGGCACGAGGCCCAGGGGGCGUGUCAGCGGGAGGAGGAGCUGAAGGCGGAGUGUGAGAGGCUGAAGGAUGAGAUGAGGCAGCUGCAGAACAGCCAGAGGGAGAGGGAAAUGACUUCUCCGUGCAAGCAGUGCGAUGUGGAGUGGAUAAAGAAGGUGGGAGACGAGCAGGUGAAUCUGGCUCUGGCCUACACCGAGUUAACGGAGGAGCUGGGACGCCUCCAAGCGCUGAGCUCCAAGCAGACGGAGAUCCUGAGGAAAGCCACGCAGGAGCAGGCCAGUCCAGUCCAGCGUCACUCUCCCAUCCACCACCAGCGUCACUCUCCGGUAUCUCAGCGCCACUCGCCCAUCUCCCAGCGCCACUCUCCGGUCCCUCCACCUCCACACCACUCCCCGAUCCCACAGCGACGCUCCCCGGUGCUGCAGCGUCUCUCACCGGACAUGCACCGCCGCUCGCCCCUGCUGGACGUCAACGACGGACCAGCCUCCUACUCCUGCCGGCCACCCACCCAACACCUGAGGGCCAGCUUCCAGGGCCGGCGCAGCUAUUCCGAGGUUGCCGACCCCUCGGCCUACCAGUGUCCGCCUCGCUUCUCCCUGGAUCCCGUCUCCACCCUGCCCAAACCUCGGCCCUACGUCGACGGCUAUUCAAAGCAACAGCCCCAGCUGGUGGGUCCUCCUCACUGUGGACUGCAGCAUAGACCGUCCCCGUCUCCACAUCAAGGCGGUGCAGGAAGCGACGGGGGCCUCGGGGAGGGCUCCAUGCGCCACUCCAGGGAGAUGCCGUUUCCGCUGUCAGAGGUGGCCCACCUUCAUUUCGAGCCACCUCCUCCUUCCACGCCGGCCCCCCAGCCUCCGCAGUCCUCCGAGGAUGAGGAGGAGUGGGCCUGUCCUCAUCCCAUCAGCCCACCCAGAACGCUGGGUGUGCUCUCUGCAGCAGUGCCCAGCAACAUCAUGAGGGGCCCGGCGUCCUGCUCAGCCUUCCCCAUCCCUCAGAGGCCGAAUACUCUCAGCUGCCACCCACAGCCAGGGUACAUGUCAGCGGAGCACGCUCAGUCCUGGCCUUCCAUCAACCUCUGGAUGGAGACCGAGGAGAGCGACAUGAGGAGCUGCCCUCUCUGCCAGCUGAUAUUCCCCGUCGGUUACCCUGACGAUGCCCUCAUCAAGCACAUCGACUCCCACCUGGAGAACAGCAAGAUAUGAUCGCCAUGGGAACCGGCCCGCACACAUCUCUCCUCCUAUAGAUUAUGUAAGAGAUCCGGCCCAACAACGACAACAAAAAAAGUCGAACGCGUGUCGUAAUCUAUAGGCAGGGAUGCAACAACGGCGGCGUUUUUCCUCCAACACGGGUCCGUCUUGGAUUUGUGAGUCGGCAUCAUGCAGACUGAAAGCCCCCCCGCCCCGACACAGACCCUGCCUCCUGUAUAAUCAUUGGCUCUGCUGCUGUUUUGUUAUGAGUCUUGUUGUGUGGUUUCAGACAGUUUCAGGUAUCGUAUUUUUCUUUUUUUUUUCCUUCUUCUCGCUUCACAGUGCAGUACAUCUUGAUUUAGCAAAGUAAGAUGAGUUUUGAGAGGCGUGCUGGACGGCAGGUUCGGGGGGCGGCGGGGCUCUGCAUGCCGGGAAGUUAAACGAUCAGGAAAGGCGACUAUUCUUCACCACUUAGCUUUAAAUACUCCUGCUUGGAUAUUUUUCUAUCUUUCUCACACACACACAAACACACUUGCAGUAUAAUUUAACAGAGGAUUCUGUGCAGUACGCGCCAAGGACAGAAGCUGGUUUUAUUGAAAUGAUCUGACAGUCACAUAAAAGCACGUGGGAAGACGAUUAGUCAGAAGAGGACACUAUUCAGUUUUCUUUUUUUCGUUGUUUGUGCUGAAGGAAGGAGAGAAUGAAACGCUGAAGGAAUUCUGCAUGAUUGUCGAUCAGGGUUUUUUUUUUUGAUGCCGGUUUACUUUCACUUCUCUAAAAUGAGGAAGUACGUCUCCACGGCAGUUACCAGAGAACAACACAUUCCAGUCGCACAUUUUCACCUGCUGACAAACUGAAAUCUGAAAGUAUGUUUGGAUCAGUUUUGAUGAUGAUGAUGCCCUGCAGGGCGGGGCAGCAGUGAUGAUUCUCUUCCAACGGAGGGAAAAUUUUAGUCAGAAUAUACCUUUAUGCUUGCGGCCUGUUCAAAAUUUAAAAAGAAAAAACCGUAUCUUAGCACUUUAAGUUAGCGUAGCCUUGAAAAUGUAUCCGUUUUCAGUCCCCAUAUAUAUUUUCCAUGUGUAAUUUUAGUAUUUAUAUUGUCUAUCUGUAAGGCAAAAUUAAAAAAAAAAAAAACAAACCAUGAAGAUAUAUUUUUGCAGAUGUUAAAGCACCACAUGCUGGUGUCGUUUCUCCCAUGUGCUUGCACACCGCUACAUGUAGAGGAGACGAGGCUCAAACAUCCCAACGAAUGGGAUGUUUUUCUGUACAGAGACUUUUCAAAUUAUCACCUGGGAUCCUCCUCGGUCUUCGUUAAAGAUCUGACCUUCAUCACAGUUUGAUGUCACGACUGCCCAGACCGCCCAACAAAAAAAAUACUAUUUAAAAAGAAGAGAACACCAACAGCUGGCUGCAUGAGAUCAAGACCCGGCAGGCUGCUUUUCUUUUUCUUUUUUUUUUUUUUGGUGUACUGUAAUUUCUAUCUCGGAGCUCUCAUACCAGAAACUCCAGUCAGCAAACCUUAUCUCUGCAGGGUUCAGGCAAAGACGAUACUGUUCUUUUUUGAUACAUGGGUUUUAAUUUUUAUCGCGAGCUGAUCUUAACUCAGAGAUCUGCUUGCGGGACUUUUUUGGAGUAAAUAAAAGGAGAAAAAAAGGAAAAAAGAAACUAACGUUACACUGAUGUCAGCUAAUCUGAGGCGUUCAGUUACAUGUGCAGUUUCUAGUGUUGGGGACGUCCCUGCACAGCCACCCAUGCAUUCAAAGCGGUUCCUGGACAGAUGAAAUGCGGCAGAUUGGAGCUCAAGGUGGGCAGCGGUUCGUGGCAGCAGGAGGAUGAAGGACUCUGACUGCAGCAGGGUUUUAGGUGAAGCUCUCUGGAGCCACUCGCCGAAUCACUACAAGCUCUGGAGGCUUUGACUUUUGUACAAAGGUGUAGAGAAAAGACUAUUUUCCAGUGGUGGUCAAGGAAUGUCAGAUUAAAGGAUGAUUCUGGUUUGUUGCCACUUGGACCUUAUUUUAGGAGGUCUGGACACUAGUUUUAUUGGUUCUGAUAUCACUUUAGUCGCCGAGUUACAUGAAGAAAUCUGUGAAAAUGGCAGCAUCACUAGAAAUUGUUAACAAGACAGUAAGGCUGCUUCUAAAUGCUCUACUGUGCUGCUCUGGCAUUAUUUUCACAAAUUUAUGCUAAUAAAUUCAACUUAAAAAAGCAAUGAAGAGGGAAAAUGAAGCUCUCUGGUUUAACAGCAAGCAUGUUAGCUCAUUAGCUUAGCUCAUUGCAAAUGGAAUAGUAGGUUGAAGCAUUUGUUGCAUGUUUUUGCUCCAUCAACAAGCCACUGAUCUGUUGUAGAGCAUUUUAUAUUCUGGCAGUUACUUCAGAAUUAUUUUUAUUGCCAUUUUCCUGUGCACUUUGGCACAUGGAAGGGCUGGGAAUCAAACUGCCGACCUCGCAACUGAUUGACAACUGAAAAGUCAAGUUUUUUCUGAAAGCUCGAGAGUACAACUGCUGGUGUAGAUACCAGAUCUGGAUGUCAUGUGUUUGUGCCCCAGACUACUAUGUAAAUAAGCAAAUUUCAUGAUUGUGCCAAGAAAGAGAUCUAAAUGUAAAUGGACACGUAAUGAAAAUGUUUUUUUCUUAAAGUAGAUGUUUGAUACUUUUAAUGUGAAAAGAUUUUUUUAGAUUAUGGGUCUUUUCACCUGAAAUUAUCAGAUUUACUUCACUUUAACUAAUUUCUCUUAAAUUUUUAUAGCAUUAAAUACAUAGAUUUGUGAAAUUUUAGCUUGACAUGUCUAUCUUUCCCCCCAAAAUACCCCUGAGACUAUAGAGAUUAUUUAAUCUACUUGUCUAAUUUUGCAGAUUCUGAAUCAAUGUCAUGAUGAGAAAUAACAGUGAACAUUUCAGGCAUUUAUCUUUAAUAGUUGCUUAGAUAUUGAUGCUCAAGCAGAGUCAAAUUAAAAAGAAAAAAUGCGCUCAAAGUGAGUCGACAAGCAAUUUAUCUUGGUAGGUAUUUGAUACAUCAAUCUACAAUUUGACAAUUUUAGAUAAAGUUUAGGAUUUUAACAAUGUAGUUUAUGAAUAAAUAAUUCAAUCAAAUCAGAGACGAGUCAAACAGAACGUCCCUGAUGACCUGAGACAGAGUAAAUUGCAUGUAUUUCAUCCUUGCACAUUACCUGCUCUGUUAUUUAUUCCUAAAAGUCCUGCAACACUUUCCCCUGUACAAACCAGAUGAUGGAACUCUGGGAAGCAAAAAUGCAGCAAAACAAAUCAGUAGUUUGUCCAAUCUAGAGGAAAGAAACCUCAGCUGUGUCUCCAAUAAUUCUUACAGUAAUAUCCUAAUGUUGUUCAGUUACUAUACCAAUAGUAAGUAAUAGCAGAUGUGGCAGGAUUAACCCAACUGGUGCCUACAGCUGCAAAAACAAGCAAAUGUGGCAACCAAAGCACAUUAUUAUAGACAGUGCACUCACAUUUAUUACAUGUAGUGCUCUAUUAAACAUGCAUGAGAUGUUUUAAAUGUACAUUUUGGGGACUUUUUUUUAAAUUUUAGCAUUGGGAGAGACUUUCCAAUGAUUUGUUUACUAGAUAGUAACGUUAUCAAGCUAAUAUUUGAGCCCUAUUUUGGUUUCAUUGAUUAAUUACACAGAGCUGCUUCAUACAAUACAAUAAUUUCUUCUAUUUUCUAUUUUUUGGGCACUUUAUUCCCCUAAAUAACACCAAUCUGUUGUACAAAAUCUUUUCCCAAUUUCAAGUGGAUGAAAAAAAAAGUUUGGAUUUCCUCCUAUAAGAGCAUCCCCGUGUUUUUGUGCGGUUUGCAUCAUUGAGUUCAUUUUUUAAAUGUGGCUGAACUGUGAAUUCUUUAGAGUAAAUUUUUUCCUUUUUUUCGUCUUCGGGGGUGGUGGAGGGGUUGAGGAAAGCAGUACUCACCACCUCCGCUACCCAGCUUCCUGGGGGAAACCCUGCAAACUAUUCAGAAUUUCACAAGAAAAAGACGAAGUUCAAAGAAAUCAGAGAAGAAAAAAAAUAAGCAUAUGUAGCAGAAUUUCUUGUUGCUGAUCGCAUCAAUUCUAAUGAGCUUCUUGUUUUUUAGGGAUGUCGCUACACUCGGAUGCUUAAUCAUUUAGCUCGAUGAUUACUAAUUUAUUGUAACUGACGGAACCAAAAUGAAAUAAACCAGAAUUGUCCUUUUUAAAAGCUGCAUUCUGAGGUUUAAAGUACAAAACUUCAAGGUUGUACUUGAGCAUCAAAUGGAAGAGGGCUUUCAUGAAGUAUUCUAUACUGUAUGUACAGUAUGUUCCUAUAUCACUAUGUGUACAAAUAUUUAAAGCUGUGUACAGACAGAUAUUUUGCAAGUGUGUCAGGCUCAUGCAACGUGUACUCUACUAUUCAACAACUUCAAAUUGGAGUGUCUGUAAAUCAGUAUGUAUAAUCCUUGCCAACACCACACUAAAUAUGAAUUAUAUGCAAGUUAUAUACAAGUACUACCCGACACCUAUCCUCUUUUACUCACUACGUAGUGGUAUGUCGUCUAGGCAACUAAUAUCCAACCUGCAGAUAAAAAUGAAUGUUUGUCUGAAGGUUUCAGUCUUUGUAGAAACUUUAUUGAUGCGUUUUUUCUGAUUUGACUGACGGUGCAGCAGCAGCAGCACAACAGCCUAAACGUGCAGAAGCCCUGGCGAUGAUGCAACGUUGCAUCAGACACUUCAGUCAGCAUCAGAAAAUUCAAAACAACCAGAGGUGCAUUCUGGAAACUAAACUUUUCCCCAAAAGAGGAGACAUUUAAGUGCAGCAGUUGAAGAUUUCACUGAUCACAUGUACUUCUUUUUCUUCCAAUUCGAGGAACGAAGUCGGCUCUUUACCAAAGACAACAAAUUGUUUCCUGUAAUUUGAAGAACAGAGGACACGGCUGGAGGGGUUUUUUUGUUAUGUGUUUGUGUCAGAAGACGCUACGUUGUGGUUGAUGGCUCUGGCAUGUUCACAACCACAAUCUGCUGGCCGGCAGCAGCGAUGCAGAGCGAUCACACCCUGUUCGAGCUCACAGCACACAGAUAUUCACACGGCAACACGUCGACACAUACACGAGCUGCACUGAGGUCAAGCAUACACGCUUCAGAAUCGCUACUUUUAGGUUUUAUCUCCUAGUCCUUUCUGUGUCCACCAGCUGAACCUCAAAAUCGGAACUCAUCGCGCCUGUUUUUCUUAUUUUUCUCGUGUCCGAACAGCAAACCGACUCCUUGGUUCACUCAGGAGACAAAAAGAAAAGAUCAGAUCUGCCAGCAUUAGAUUAAAAACUAAACUCGUCCGUCAAAAGGUUUCCCUCAGAUUUACUCAGGAUACAAA